AUGGCAGACCUCCGUGAGUGCGUCGGUGAGGGACGCCGGUGUUACGUUCUGCGGGUAAGCUUCCAGCGCCAGGCUGCUGAGGUUUAUCAAGGCCACGUCGGAUUCCGCAGAGUCCUGCUCGUCCGCCUCGAAGAGCGAUGGCAGGGCAUCGUAAUUGACGUUAAGAUUCACGGCGUUGUACGGGAGCCCGCAGCACCAUGUGAGCAUCUCGUAGACGGAGCACGGCGGCCGGGUGAGGUGCGUGCAGAGGCAUUUGAGGAGCUGCAAGAGAUUACAGGCGUGUGUGAGGGACAGGCAUUUUUUGAGGUGUGCGUUGUCAUGGGUCUCCUUAAUCUUCUGGCUGACCAAGACAAACACGUCGUGGCCGUUGCACUCAGCGUCGUCGCGCAGCUCGCCGUCCUGCAGGGUGGGAGAGGUGGAGACCUUGUAGCCGCAGCGGUGGAGGAAUGUGCCGAACUGGUUGCUUGCAUUAAUCUUCAAGUCCCUCCAGCCUGCAGCACCGCCUUUGCCGCACUGCUCCGCCAGCCUGGUGAAGGCGUCGCACAGUGUGGGCAGCGUGGUGAGAAAGACUUUCGCGUACUUCUCACCUUCGUCAUCGGUGAACUGUGCGCCGGCGUAGGCGGAGACGUACGCACAUGUGAACUCGGCGGCGAACUUUGUGAGCCCCUCCACCAGGCCGUCCAGCAGGGGACUUGA